GAGUGAUUUCAGGGUAAAAAAUCAACACUGCAGAAGGUCAGGUGUUGAAGAUUACAGACUCACAACUUCAAACCCACCGGGAUGAUAAAUGCGUAAGUAGUAUCCGUCACAGUCGAUGGGGCAUUUUACUAAAGAACCAAAAACUACCUGAGCAUAAAUAACUCUCAAUUUCCACUUCCUCAUCCCCUCUCAAUUCUUGGACCAUCAUUACAUUAUUAUCCUUUACCAGGCUUUCUCCAUUCUACUACCUUAGUCUCCGCCUCCGGAUCCCGGUCAAAGACUAAACCCCGCCUGCUGCCCGCCGCCCGCCGCCCGCCCGGACCUCCGCACCUCCGCCCCGGAGCUUCUUCACUCAUUCGUUUCGCCCAAAUUAUUGGUCACUACUUUCACAGCAACCGAACAAAAUGGCUACACCUGCCAACACCGCUGCUGAGGCUCUCGCUUCCGAGCAGACAUACUUUGCUCAAAACCCUCCUCCGCGCAAUUUAACAGCCCACACGGCUCUCGCCGCUGGCUUCAUUUCUUCCCACGCCGCCGCGGGCCGUCGUGUUGUCCUCGUCACAUCAGGCGGCACUACUGUCCCUCUUGAGAAGCAGACUGUUCGGUACAUCGACAACUUCAGUGCUGGAACUCGUGGUGCUACGAGCGCCGAGUACUUUCUCGAAGCUGGAUAUGCCGUCAUCUUCCUCCAUCGUCAGUUCAGUCUGCUGCCGUACUCGCGACAUUAUUCGCAUGCUACCGACUGCUUCUUGGACUUUUUGACGGAAGAUGGGAGUGGCAGAAUUGGUGUGAGGAGUGAGGUGCAGGAUAAGAUGCAAGAGGUGUUGCGAAAGUAUCGCAAGGCGAGGGAUGACAAUAUGCUUCUCACACUACCCUUCGUCACCAUUGUCGACUAUCUCCAUGAACUGCGAGAAAUUGCCCGACUCAUGCGCCCUCUUGGCCCAUCCGGUCUUCUAUACCUCGCCGCAGCCGUGUCGGACUUCUUCGUUCCCCCGGAUCGUAUGGCCGAGCACAAGAUCCAGUCAACCAACGCCGUUGAGCAGAAGCGACCAGACGAUGAAGAGACUUUUGAUAACUUUGACUCAUCGCCUUCUGUCCCACGCUCAAAGCGCCUCGUCAUCGACCUCGAUCCUGUCCCAAAGUUUCUCAAGAAUCUCGUGGAUGGAUGGGCGCCAGAGGGUAUGAUUGUGUCUUUCAAGCUUGAGACGGAUCCAGCGCUUCUUGUGCGCAAGGCCCGUUACAGUCUUGACCGAUAUCAGCACCAUCUCGUCAUUGGCAAUCUUCUAUCCACACGCAAGUGGGAAGUUGUAUUUGUGAGUCCUAAGAGGGAUGAUAACUGGGUGCGUGUGCCGAGAGAGGGCGGCUGGGGAGAAGCGGAGGGUAGGCCGCUUGUGGCGGAGGAGUUGCCAGGUCAAGAACCAGAUGUUGAGAUUGAAUCGCUCAUCAUUCCUGCCGUGCAGGAGCUGCACGGUGAGCAUAUCAAGGCACAGAAGUAGGCCAUGUUCUCGGGUUCAAGAAAAAUGUGGAAUACCCGGAUAGAGGAUUCUUAACAACAAGGAGCUGAGCACAAGCAUACAAAACAAUAA